GUCCACACCAGUUACUCGACGACAACCGAUCGAUGCUGCGUCAACUUGCGCGCAGUAGUGCCGCCGGUCGACGGCAUGCGCUUCGUGCCAUCCAGAAGCCGCAUGAAGCACAUAUCAUGUGGCAUCAUCGUGCAGCAUUGCAGCCUCUAUCCCUGCGGCUGCUACAUGCCACGGCGCCCAUGCUUCGCACCGACGCGAUCGAGCUCGUGUAUCAAAAGAAGUCGCCGCUUGAACACGUCCUGCUCCGACCUGGCAUGUACAUUGGGUCUGUGGAAUCGACGAAAGAUACCAUGUGGGUGUGGAACAACCAGGAAAAGCGCAUGACCCAACGAGCCAACCUCGAGUACACGCCCGCGCUAUACAAGAUCUUCGACGAGAUCCUCGUCAACGCCGUGGACAACAAGGUCCGCGACGACACCAUGUCCCGACUUGACGUGACCAUCCACCCUGGCUCGUCGUCCUCUUCCGACCCGCCCCGCAUUUCCAUCUUCAACGACGGCAAAGGCAUUCCCGUCCAAUUCCACAAACACGAACAGGUAUACGUGCCCGAGCUAGUGUUGGGCCACCUUCUCACGGGCUCCAACUUUGACGACGCCACCGCGCGGCUAACUGGUGGACGGCACGGCUACGGCGCCAAGCUGACCAACAUUUUUAGUACCGAGUUCACAGUCGACACUGGGGACGCCCACACGGGGCUCCAAUACACGCAAACGUGGCGGCACAACAUGCGAGAGCGCGGGGACCCCGUCGUCGUGCCGUACACCGGGCCCAACUACACGCGCAUCACAUUCGUGCCCGACCUCAAGCGAUUCCAUGUGGACUCACUCACUCUCGACAUGCAGCAAGUUCUAGAGAAACGCGUGGUGGACGUCGCGGGGUGCCUCACAAAUGUGUCCGUGUCGCUGAAUGGCGAGGUCGUGCCGCUGUCGGGGUUUCAACAGUACGUGCAAUCGUACUGCCCAUCUAUCGCCACCGACGACGACGAAGAGGCGGCGGUGCUGUACACCAAAGUCAACCGGCGGUGGGAAGUAGCGGUGAUGCCAUCCGACGGCGGGUACUCGCAAGUGAGUUUUGUGAACGGGAUGACCACGAUUCGAGGGGGGACCCAUGUCCAGAUCGUGUUGGACCAGCUGUGUCGGCGGGUGGCAGACACCGUCGCUGCGCGGCACCGCGACCUCCCGCCCCUCCAGUCGUCUCAGAUCAAGCCCCACCUCCGUCUCUUUGUCAAGGCGUUAGUGGAGAACCCAACGUUCGACUCGCAAAUGAAAGAAUGUCUCACGUCCAAACCCGAAUUCUUUGGGUCCAGCUGCAUACUCACGGAGCGGUACGUAAAGCAAGUGCUGGCCUGCGGCAUCGUCGAGCGCGUGGUCGGCGCCCUCAAGACCAAGCAACGCACGGCACUUCUCAAGAAAGUUGCCAAGAAAUCUAACACGGUGCAAGUGCCCAAGCUUGAGGACGCCAACUGGGCAGGCACGUCCAAAGCACACAAGUGCACGUUGAUUUUGACUGAAGGCGAUUCAGCCAAAGCGCUCGCGGUCGCUGGCUUGAGCGUUGUGGGAAGGGAUGCAUAUGGCGUGUUCCCGUUGCGGGGAAAAUUCCUCAACGUCCGCGACGCCACCGACACGCAACUGACAAAAAACGCUGAAUUUAGCCAUCUCUGUACGAUCUUGGGGCUCAAACUCGGGCUCAAGUACGACACUUCUGCCGAACGCGCGACGUUGAGAUACGGCCAGGUGAUGCUCAUGACGGACCAAGACCACGACGGCAGCCACAUCAAGGGUCUGCUCUUGAACUUGUUUCAUUCAUUUUGGCCGGCGCUGUUGGAAGCCAACUACGUCAGUGCCUUCCUCACCCCUUUGCUCAAAGUCCAUCCCUCCGUGGCUUCCAAAAAGCCAGCAUUGCCCUUCUUCAGCAUGCCCGAGUACGACCAGUGGAAAGCCGACCAUCCGUCUGUGAAACACUCGGUCAAGUACUACAAAGGGCUAGGUACGAGCACGUCCAAAGAAGGCCAAGAGUACUUUGACGCGUUAAACGAUCACCGGGUCGAGUACACGUCGACAAGUCCGGCGGAUGGCGACGCCCUUGCGAUGGUGUUUAGCAAGGACCGUGUCGCAGACCGCAAGCAAUGGCUGCGGCAGUCCAACCCGCUUGACUUUGUGUUUGAACGGGUGGCCAGCAUGUCCCUUGGGCAGUUUGUGCAUGCCGAAUUGAUCCAGUACUCCCACGCUGACAACAUCCGGUCGAUUCCGAACGUGAUUGACGGACUCAAGCCGUCCCAGCGCAAGGUAUUGUUUGCAUGCUUUCGACGGCACUUGGUCAAGGAAAUGAAAGUCGCCCAACUGGCCGGGUACUGCGCCGAACACACGGCGUACCAUCACGGCGAGGCGUCGCUAUUGAGCACGAUUGUCAACAUGGCGCAGGACUUCGUCGGCUCCAACAACGUGCCACUGCUGGUUCCGUCUGGUCAGUUUGGCACGCGGCUCCAGGGCGGGAAGGACGCGGCGAGUGCCCGGUAUAUCUUUACGCACCUCCAGCCGUACACGAGGCUGAUCUUUCCGGCGGCGGACGAAACGCUCUUGGAGUACGUGCACGACGACGGCGUACCCGUAGAGCCCGUGUAUUUCGUACCGAUUCUGCCCAUGUUGUUGGUGAACGGCGCCGACGGCAUCGGCACGGGGUGGUCUACUAGUGUGCCGAGCCACCACCCGAUCCAAGUGAUCGACUGGUUGCUGGCUCGAUUGAUGCAACCAAGUGACAAGUGGAGAGGCGGCAACGAGCUCGAGCCGUGGGUCAAGGGGUUCCAAGGCCGAGUGACUUCGAAACCCAACGGAUUUGGCACCGAAGGAGUCGUUCGGGUUGUGCACGACAAGAAGAAGAGCUGGACGCUGGCCAUCUCAGAACUCCCCGUGGGCAAAUGGAUCGACGACUACAAGACGUUUCUGUGGAGUCUAGUUGCCGCCAAGAAAGUUCAAACGUUCACUGAACACCACACCGACCGCACCGUGCAUUUUGAAGUCGUCGUGCCGAAGGACGACAGCGACGACGACUUGGCGGCCGGAAUCGACUGGACGAAGUGGUUCAAGCUUGAAUCCAACCUCAAUACGACCAAUAUGCACGCGUUCGAUAGCACCAACACGCUGCAAAAGUACCAGUCUAGCGCAGACAUCCUCGACGCGUUCUACCCCGUGCGACUGGCGCUAUACCACCGACGAAAGGAAUACCUAGUGGACGAAUCGACAAGAGACCUCCGGCGAUUGACGAAUCGGGCGAGGUUUGUGCAGGCCAUGGCAUCCCACGACAGUCCGUUGCGGGUGCUGUGGAGCUCGCGCCCGUCCAAAGCUCAAGUGGUGGCGUUGUUGCAGGAGGAGGGCUUUGAUUCGAGCCAAUCGUUUGCAAAGAACCAUCACGACGACCAUGAUGAUGAUGCAGAUGGAGAUGGAGAUGGCAUUCACGGGUAUAAUUAUUUGCUCAAGACGUCGUUCCUGCAGUUCACCGACGAAAAUACCACCAAGUUGUUGGCAGAAGUCGAGGCCAAACGACAGGAACUAAGUCGACUCGAAGCGACGUCCGCCGUCGAAAUGUGGCGGGGGGAGCUGGAAGCGCUCAAGGCGGCCUUGCUCUCGGCGGAUCCGCAGUAUCAUUCAAAGUAAUACAGUAAAAUACUACUGUAUACUCUGGAGUAUAGUUAGUACUCUUUGUUCUACCAGAUCGCGAUCAAUUGUUGUGAGGGACUUGACUGGCGUUGUUUCUGGCUGGCUGUGCAUG